AAGUACUAACACCUGAAAGUAAUUGUUUAAUGUGUAUAUAUUCUAUAAAUAUGAAGUAAAACAGGCUACAUUAGAUUAUGAAAGCCAAACGUUUUAAUCAGGCACAUCCACGUCUCUCCGAAAGACGGCAUCAACAUGGCGGCCUCCUUGCGUCUGGGUCGUCAAGGAAUUUUAUUCGGCCUUAAAUUAUCGAACAUUAAUAAAUCUUUGUGGAUCACGCAGCCGUUACAGGAGCAUGCCAGACACUUCUUUCAGUCUCCAUGGACUUUGGGUGUCGCCCCACUCAAUGUGCAAAUGCCAGCUCUCUCACCAACCAUGGAAGAGGGAAACAUUGUCAAAUGGCUGAAGAAAGAAGGUGAGGCAGUGGCAGCAGGUGAUGCCCUUUGUGAAAUUGAGACUGACAAAGCUGUCGUUACAAUGGAAUCUAAUGAUGAUGGUAUCUUGGCAAAGAUCUUGAUCGAGGAGGGCAGUCGCAAUGUGCGCUUGGGAACUCUCAUUGCUGUUAUGGUGGAGGAAGGACAAGACUGGACACAGGUGGAGAUUCCCCCUCCCUCUACACCUCCACCCACUCUACAUGAAACCGUUGCCUCUGUCUUGCCCCCUGCUUUUUCUUCAUCCCUGAAAAAUGUCCCAGCAGGAUUGUUACGACUAAGCCCAGCAGCAAGGCACAUCUUGGACACUCAUGGCAUUGAUCCAAAACUGGCCACACCGUCUGGACCUAGAGGACUAAUCACGAAGGAAGAUGCAUUAAAUCUUUUGAAGAUGUCUCCAGGAACAAAGACAAUACCCGUGAUUGCCCCACCUUGUCAAAGUCCUGCCCCGACACUAGCACCUAUUCUACCACCACCAGGCAACAGACCCAAUGUACCCCCUCUUUCAGUUCCAGGAAAGCCAGAUGCACUGGGUACUUUCACAGUGCUUCCAGCCUCUAAUGUUCGCCGCGUGAUCGCUCAAAGACUGACGCAGUCAAAAACCACCAUUCCCCAUGCUUACGCCUCUGUUGACUGUGACAUGGCUGCAGUCAUGAAGCUGAGAAAAGAUUUAGCCAAAGACCAGAUCAAGGUUUCUGUUAAUGAUUUCAUUAUCAAGGCAGCUGCUGUUACACUUAAAGAACUUCCAGAUGUGAACGUGACCUGGUCAGAUGAUGGACCCCAAGCACUUGAGUUCAUUCACAUUUCAAUUGCUGUUGCAACUGACAAAGGCCUCAUUACCCCCAUCAUCAGAGACGCUGCAAACAAAGGUGUUCAGGAGAUCUCAACUAACGCAAAGGCAUUGGCCCAGAAAGCUCGAGAUGGAAAACUGUUACCUGAAGAAUACCAGGGAGGCUCAUUCAGUGUAUCCAACCUGGGGAUGUUUGGCAUCAGUGGCUUCAGUGCUGUGAUCAACCCUCCGCAGGCUUGCAUCCUUGCCAUUGGGACCUCCAGAACUGAAUUAAGUCUAUGUGAUGACAACCAGACCCUGCGCACCCAACAGCUGAUGACCGUCACCUUGUCAAGUGACGGGCGGCUUGUCGAUGAUGAACUGGCCUCAAGAUUUCUUGAGAAAUUCCGCGCCAACCUGGAGAAACCUCAGCGCAUGGCUUUAGCCUGAAAUAUCCAGAACAUUAAUUAGAGAUCAAGAAAAGGCUGUCCACCGCCUCAUUACUACUUACUAAGUAUAAGCAGGUGAAGGGUCUCAUUGUGGUCUUGGGCUGUCACUAGGCUUUGUUAAAUUGAGAUUCUGUCAGUUAUUUAGGAAUAUUUGCAAAGGCACAUUCUACAUCUUGGAAGUUCCUUCAUUACACAUUGUUUGUGUACAAAUAUAUUUUAAACUGUCAUGUUUUGUCUGUUCUAUAAUGUCCCUACACUGUUAAAAUCUUAAAACACGAAUAUCACUGUAAACAUUUAAUUUAUUUGUAAUAUUUAUUACAAGAUCUAUCUCCUGUUACAUUCAGAAUUCAAUAAUUUAAUGUUAAGAAAAGAAAUAUUAUCAAUGUAGCUAAUCACAAUCCCUGAUGCAAACAACACAUUGGGAUCAGGUUUAAGCGAGGUCCUCUAAAAUGCAAAUAAAAACUCGACGGAUUUGACCAUUAUUAUAUUAAAGGGACUCCUUUCGUUUCGUUGGUCUACAAAGUCAGUCCACCAUGUCAGUCUAGCACUAGCACACGUUUUAAUUAGAAUAGAAAGAGUGCAUCAAGGAGAAAAAAAAUUCAUAGAAGCCAAUUAGGACAAUAUCCUGUGGCAAACAUACUGGUCAGCCUAUGCCAGCAGAUUUACAUUUGCCCUAAUUGCACGAACAGCUGUUUAUGUUGAGAUCUGCUUCAGUAGGUGGAGCAAUACUUAUUUGAUUACAACCCCAAAACAAACAAUACUGUGUUACCACAGUAGGCUGUGUUCUGGGUGCCAGUUCAAAAGAUUGGCUGCAUAAUGAUAUUAUGACCACUACGUUUGAGAAAAUCAAAUAUCUGGGGUGGCAGUAAUUCAGUGCCCAAUAUUUCCGUCCAGUGCGACACUGUCUGGCCAUUAUGACGGAAAUUGCAUCAAUGAAUUUGAUCACAUAUACGAUAUUGUUUUGUUAUUUCAGAAAUAUUGCAUACUUUAAUUAAGAGGGGGGAGAGAAAGCCUCUUGGAGGUAUGCUAUUUUAUUAUGCACCAACCCCUGGCUGGCAAGCUUUGGAGGCGAAAGUUCUCUUUGCAUACAGUGUCAUCCCUCCAUCCCUUUUCUUAGCUGCUUAUCCUCACAAGGGUCAUGGGGAAUGCUUGAGCCUAUCCUAGUUGUCAGCAGGCAGGAAGCAGGGUACACCCUGAACUUGUUGCCAGCCAAUCGCAGGGCACAUCGAGACCAAUGGCAGCACUCACAAUCACACCUAGGGGCAAUUUAGAGUGUCCAAUUAAUGUUGCAUGUUUUUGGGAUGUGGGAGGAAACCCACGCAGGCACCGGAGAACAUGCAAACCACACACAGGCAGGUCCGAGAUUGAACCCGGGACCUGAGAAUUGUGAGGCCAAUGCUUUCCAGCUGCUCCACCAUGUCCAGUGUCAAUGUAUUCUAAAUCGCUAAUCAUCGCUUCCAUGCUAGCGAAUAAGCUUCUGAAGUGAUAAGUGAUUGGGUAUACAGUACAUUAUUCAUGUGGGUCUGGCUGGAACCGUGCUGUAGUGAAGGGUAAACCAAGUUUGAACAACAAAAUAAUCCAAUUAAUACAUGUCUGGAAGUAUACAGUAAAUGUAAGAAAGGGACAAGCCAAAAGUAACCUCCUUUGAACUGGAAAUAAUACAUCACUGAAGAUAUCAUUUGAGAGCAGUGUCAGGUGAAAGUAUUAUUAUUUGUGAUAUAAGAUAACUAAGCUCCAGCACGCCCGAGACCCUAUUGAGGAUAAGCGGACAAUAAAAUAGAUUGACUUUUUAGUCCCAUAAUGUGUAAUUUCUAUCAUAUCUGUUGCAACAGUGGAUAUAGGAAAUGUUUAUGUACAUACAGUAGAUACCAUGCAAGAGAAGAAUGUAUUCAAGUACUGUACAUCCACAAAUCCAAUCCAAUCUAUCAGCAACUUGUUAGUAAUAUAUAAUGCUGAGUUUUGAUUGACUUUUGAGAUCUACUUAAUUUAAUUUAAUAAGCAUAGCGUUUUUUUCGUUUGUUUUUUGUUUUUUUUAACCAAGGUUGAAAGCAGAGUUUGUAAAAGCGAAUUGCUAUAUUCCACGGUUUGACGGUGGCGUGUCAUAAUGUCAUACUUUGAUUCAGGCUUGAAUUGCAUCCACCACUACUGAACAGAAUAUCAUCUUCAAAACAUAAUGAAGCCGCAGCCUGUGACAGCAGUUCAAAGUCUCGAAUCCCACAUUCUUUGAAUAAGGAGACAUUUGUAUUAAAACAAAGUCUCUUUGUAUUGAAAGUACAUAUUUUUCCUUUUUGAAAAACAAAUGUCUGCUAAUUCUGUCCUUUCCCUGAUGCAGAAGGAGAUUGUAAUGAUCAACUGGAUAAUAAAUCAAGAGGAAUACCA